GGGGAAAGGAAUACAAACAGAGAGGGAGGGCGCUGCAGAGAGGGACUGUGAACUGGACGGAGGCGGGAGGGAUGACGUGGCGGAGGGGGCUGUGAACUGGACAGAGGUGGGAGGCUGUGACACAGUUUUUCUUCUCUUUCAAUUUUGAUGAAGGGUAAAAUUGGAACCGAAUGUCUAGCUGAAAAAGCAGUAUAAAUUUUCUUUUAAAAAAUACACGUGGCAAAUUUUAAAUGGAAGUAUUACCACAGGGUGAUACUGUACCAUUCUAUAACCUAAAACCCACUGAGUAGCGUAGAGACUUUCAUCAAACGGUUUUGUCUGACCAUUUUCGAAGCGUAGUUCUUACAGUAGCAGCAGAGUUCGAUCCUUCUCUACCUCUUUUAUCAGUCAGAUUGGAGAGAGAGAGAGAGAGACAGAGAGAGGGGAUAAGGAUAUAUUGGCAUGGCAUUUCGUGGAGGUGCAAAGCGCUCUCUUGGCUCAUUCCUGUGUAACAGGGUGCUUAACACUAGUUAUAGUUCUUCAAGUACUUGUACUGUUUCUGCUGAUGCCAAUGGACGUGGUUUUUCAACCUGGGUUUCAAGCAGAAGAUCUUCAUUUGCUCAAGCCACAGAGAUCCCAACCUCAAUUCCUCUCAAAUUUGCCAAUACCCAAUGUGGGUCUGCUCUUUUUCUAAGAAGGUUCAGCGUGGGAACUUCUUCUUCUUCUUCUUCUGACCAAAUGAGCCUUAUAAAACAACUGAGGGAGAGAACCAGCGCUCCAAUCAAAGACGUCAAGGCUGCUCUCAUUGAUAGCAAUUGGGACAUUGAGGCUGCACAGAAGGAAUUAAGGAGAAGAGGGAAGGUUUUGGCGUCGAAAAAGUCAUCUCGAAUGGCUGCUGAGGGUUUGCUGGCACUGGUCCAGAACGAGAGCAAGGCUGCUGUCAUUGAACUUAACUGCGAGACUGACUUUGUUGCUCGAAAUGAUAUCUUUCAGCACUUGGCCUUAGCUUUGGCAAAGCAAGCUUUGCUAGUUGAAAGCUCUUCUCAACUCGUUUCUGGGGUCUUCCACGUUCCCUCUGAGGAUUUGGAGGACUUGAAGUUAAAUCUUGAACAUCCAAAAGUUAGUGGAGAAACAACUGUUCAGAAUGCAAUUACAGAAGUAGCUGCAGUGAUGGGGGAAAAUGUUAAACUUAGAAGGGGUAUUGUGAUGUCCACAAAUUCACACGGUGUUCUUUCUACCUACCUCCAUACAAGUCCCCAACCAGGUUUAGGUCGUAUUGCUGGAAUUUUAUCUCUUUCAGUAGAGGACAAAAAUUCUCAAUUGGAUGCUAUCCAGCGCGUUGGUUCGCAAUUGGCAAUGCAUGUAGUGGCAGCGAAGCCCUUGUUCUUAACAAAGGAACUUGUUUCUUCUGAUGCAUUAGAGAGUGAACGUGAAAUUCUUAAGUCUCAGGCUGAAAGUACGGGUAAGUCUCAGAUGGCCAUAGAUAAAAUUGUAGAAGGUCGCUUGCGUAAAUACUAUGAGGAAGUUGUUCUUAUGGAGCAGAAGUUUAUUAUGGAUGACACCCUAACUGUAAAGAAACUAUUAGAGAAUCUAUCUACGGAAGUGGGAUCACCUGUGAAGAUUGAGAGCUUUUUCAGGAUGGAAGUGGGAGAAGGAAUUCAAAGGCUGGAAGCAUCCAGUGCAUCGGAAAACUUGGCUCAGGCUAUUUGAGGAAAUGCUGCCCUUUCAUCCACAGAAAAGUAGAGUUUAGUUCCAAACAGCUCCAGAGAUGAAUCAGGGUUGUGCCUGUUGAUUUUUGCACUCACUAAAGGUAGUUAUAGUAAUGUCGAAAUGAGGUAUUUUUGUUGCCUGAUGUUUGCAGGUUCUGAUGUAAUGAUUUUGAAAUGCCAUUUAUGAAUUUUGUGACAGAUGUGAGAUUCUUUACUUUCUGCCAACAAACACAAAACAAAGUAAUAAAGUUCAUGCUGUCUCUGCCAUACAUUUACCUAUUCAGUACGUCAA